AUGGUGCAAGGUACUUUCAAGCGUCAAGUCGAAGUUGGUCGUGUUGUCCUCAUUAACUACGGUGCUGAUGCCGGUAAGUUGGCUGUCAUUAUUGACAUCGUUGACCACAACCGUGCUCUUAUCGAUGGUCCCACCACUGGUGUCACUCGUCAAGCCUUCCCCUUCCGUCGCAUGGUCUUGACUCCCCUCGUCCUCAAGGAUCUUCCUCGUGCUAUCGGUCAAACUGCUCUCAAGAAGGCUUUGGAGAAGAACGAUACCGUCAACGCUUGGAACAAGACUGCCUGGGCCAAGAAGCUCGAGCAACGCAAGACCCGUGCUGGUUUGUCUGAUUUCGAUCGUUUCAAGUUGUUGAAGUUGAAGAACCAACGUCGUUUCGCUGUCGGCUCUGCUGUUGCUGCUGCCAAGAAGCAAACUGCUUAA